GCGUGGAACAGCGACAGUGAAGUGGGAGUGGACAAGGACGUAAAUUUAAAACGCAUGAAAUGAUUCAAAAUGUCUUCCAGUGUUUUUGUUUGUGAUUAGUUUUUUGUGUAUAUUUAUAAAUAUUUUUUUAUUUAGUUAAAAUGAGUGAUUGGAAGUCAGUGAACAAUGAAAAGAGUUACGGAAUAGCUAUUUACAAUUUUAUGUGUGAGGACGAUUACAAGUUAAAACUGACGGUAGGUGAUGCCGUUCACAUUUUGGAAGAGGAGUCAGACUGGUAUUAUGGAUACAUUAUUAGUAAUAGAGAUGUUAAAGGUAUUUUUCCCAAAAAAUACAUACACGUGAAACAUUGCGAUAAAGUGGAUUCUUUGGGUCCCAUUUUAAAAGAACCUCCAAUCACCAGGGAAAUUACAACAGUUCUUCGAGAAUGGGGGCUGCACUGGAAAAAUUUAUAUGUGACGCACAAUAAAGAUUUCGAACCGAUGAAAACCCAAAUAUAUGAUCUCCUAUCCCAUCGAAGCAAAAUAAUAAGCGGCACUCUGCCCGUCGACGAACUAAAACGAGUAACGAAGCAAGCGGUCGAAGAAAUAGACAUCGGUAAUCAAAUUUUAGGUUUAGAUUUAGUUGUAAGGGACAAAAACGGCAAUUUCAUAAAUCCCAAAGAAACGAGCACGCUCCAGCUGUACUAUCUCCACAAAAAUGCAACCCAAAGGAUGACUAACAGGUCAAAAAAAGAGGCGAAAGAAAGCCAACCCAAAACAGCUAUUCAGCAAUACUCAAAUAUAUUUUUGGUAGCUGUUCGGAAUUUUACAUUCAAAAUGUCUGAAGAUGCAGAGUUACUUAUGACGUUGUACGACGGUAAAGAAUUGAGGUCGUUUACUGAAAAUUACGUUGUACGAUGGACCAAGGAAGGGCUGAUGAGCGACCUGGACCAGAUGCAUAAUUUAAGGGUUAUGUUUACGGAUUUGGGUAAACGAGAUUUAGAACGGGAAAAGAUAUACCUCGUUUGUCUAGUUAUAAGGAUAGGUGCAAUGGAUACCAAAGAAUUGGAUCAUAGAAGAAGUUCAGUUAGUACAAAUCACAAGAAAAAUUACAAUGAGAACAUGAGACGACCGUGUGGCGUCGCUGCAUUUGACAUAUCGAGUUAUAUGAGCGGAAAAUUAGAGACGGAUUUAGAAAAAGAAUUUGCUAUACCUUUUAUAAGUUGUGAAAAAGAUAAUUUAGAACAAACAUUAAGAAAAACUAUAAGCAAAGAAAAAUUCGAAAGCAAAAAUCAUUCGUUAUUUGUCAGUAUGAAACUUUUGCGGGGAGAUUUAAAGCAGGUACGCGAAGAAAAUCCGCAUUUGGUUUUGGGAAAUGUGUCCGUAGCGAGAAAAAUGGGAUUUCCCGAAGUCAUUCUUCCCGGCGAUGUACGAAAUGAUCUCUAUUUAACGAUACUGAGUGGAGAGUUCAGUAAAGGAAACAAGAAAAGUGAUAAAAACGUGGAAGUGAUUGUUAGGGUUUGUAAUCAAAAAGGACAACCUAUACCAGGUGUAAUAAGCAUUGGUGGAGGUGUAUCGCUAAUAAACGAAUACCGAUCUGUAAUAUAUUACCACGAAGACAAGCCACAGUGGCACGAAACCUUCAAAGUAGCCAUUCCUAUAGAAGAAUUCAAAACUAGUCAUUUAAAAUUCAUAUUUAAACAUAGAUCUUCGAACGAAGCGAAAGACAAAAGCGAAAAACCAUUCGGCAUGUGCUACGUCAAACUAAUGGAAGACGACGGUACCACUUUGAAAGAUGCGAAACACAAUCUCGUGGUUUAUAAAAUUGAUCAUAAAAAAUUCGACGAAAGCAGUUUGGACUAUUUUUCUUUGCCGUCUAAGAUGGAGGACGUCAAAGACAAUCACAAAGAGAAGCCCCAGAUACCCGGAUUAAGUAUGUCGACUAAAGAUUCGUUUAGUAUUUCCAGUAAUAUUUGUUCUACCAAGUUGACGCAAAAUGUCAAAUUGUUGGGUCUUUUAAACUGGGCUUCACACAAAGAGACACUCUUGGAAUCGCUUAGGGCUUUGGGUAAAGUGGACGGCGAGGAAGUUGUAAAAUUCCUCCAAGACAUUUUGGACGCCUUAUUCAACAUUUUAAUGGACAACCCGGAGACUGAUACUUAUGAUACUCUAGUUUUUGAAUGUUUAUUGGAAAUAAUUAGUUUAGUUAGCAACGACUGGAAAUAUCAGCAUUUCGAACCCGUCCUAGAUUUGUAUAUCAAAGAAAGCUUUAGCGCUACAUUAGCUUAUAAAAAACUUAUAUCGGUUUUAAAAACGGUUGUGGGUCGUGCCAGUGACGCCACAAUGAGCUCGAAGGAUGUCAUAUUUAAAACCAUGAAGUGCCUGCAAUAUUUUAUGAAAUUCAUAGCCAGGAGUAGAAUCCUGUACAAGGAAUUGUACCCGGAACACGAUUCCGAAGACGAUUUCGAUGAGAGUAUGCGAGAUCUCUUACAAAAUAUCAUUUAUAUGAUGUCUUCCAGUAAUGAAAGUUUAAUUAGGGAACAAGGAGCGUGCCUUAAAUAUUUACCCAGCAGUAUACCUGAUAUGCUGCUUGUUUUCGGCCAUAGGGAGUUAAGUACUAUUUUGUAUGAUAUGUUAAACAAUAUGCCCCUCGGACGUCUAACGAAGCAGAAAAUGAUGACAAUCAAUGAAAUUAUCCAUAGCAAAUUGUUCCUAUAUCCAGAGUGUCGGAAAAUUUUAUUACCAAUAAUAACAGAUCAAGUAAAAACUUUAUUUACAACGAAAGAAGAGGGUGUAACGAGGCAAGAUGGAAGAAGGCAAAACAGAUCGGUGGCCAAAGUGGCUCAACUUCUUGGUACUACGGAACAUUUCGUCAAUCAACAUGUUGGAUAUCCAGAAGAGGUUGAAUGGUGCAUAAAGAAUAUGAGCGAUAUAUUAGAGUUACUAUUUAGAAAAGAUGUCGGACUGACGCACAAUGAUAUGUCCGAAAUUAUACAAUCUGCUCUUAGGACCGUCAUACAGAGUCACAUCAAGAUGGAACGAGACAACCCUCAUGCGAGCAAUCUCGUCGCAGUUAUGAUAGACAUUUUCAGACAAAUGACCAACGAACACUACAACAAUUACAUCAACAGUUUUUCUACUAGUUUCGACAUACUAGACUUUCUCAUGGAGAUUUUGGUCGUCUUCAAGGAGCUAGUCAGCAAUUCGGUGUUUCCCAAGGAUUGGUACGACAUGAUAAUGCUACAAAACAACAUCAUACUGAAAUCGUUGCGAUAUUUUUCGCACACGAUCCGAGAUUGUUUCUUUCAAAAGUUCGAACACGAUGCUUGGAAUAAUUUCUUCCAUUGCGCCAUAGCGUUUAUGACCCAAGAAGCGCUCCAAUUGGAUAAUUUUUCUUUCAACAAGAAAAUGAGGGUGCUGGAUCUGUACAAAGACAUGCGAGUGGAAAUGGGGUUUGAAAUUAAAUCUAUGUGGUUUAAUUUAGGUCAAAACAAAGUCCAGUUCGUGCCCUCCCUAGUAGGUUUAAUACUAGAAAUGACCCUGAUCCCAGAACCCGAGCUCCGAAAAGCGACUAUUCAAAUAUUCUUUGAUAUGAUGCAAUGCGAGUUCUAUUCAUCGCGCUACGAAAUCGAAAGCUAUGGAGACACCAAACGAGACUCGUCUCACAUAAAAGCCAAUUUUUCGGACUUCGAAAACGAGAUGAUCGUCAAGCUGGACGCUUUAUUCGAAGGCGGUAAAGGCGAUCACGAUUACAAGAACAUGUUUCAUGAUAUUAUGGUCGAUUUGUGUUCAAAACACACCACCAUGAACGAAGAAGGUGUCAAGUUCGUUAAGAUCGUAUCGCGGUUGAUGGAGAGCUUGUUGGAAUAUAGGAGUAUAAUUAUCGAUGAGAAUAAGGAAAGUACAAUGAGUUGUACAGUUAAUUUAUUGGACUUCUACUCGGAAAUAAACAAAAAAGAAAUGUACAUACGUUACCUAAACAAACUGUACGAGCUGCAUUUGGAAUGUGACAAUUUCACCGAAGCUGCUUAUACUUUGGAGUUGCACACGAAAUUGUUACAUUGGUCAGAUGAGACGUUGAAUUCCUUGUUAAAAGGCGAUAAGCAUGAUGGAGCUAAAACACAUCGACAACUCAAAGAGGACUUGUAUUAUACCAUUAUUGAAAAUUACAGUAAAGGAAAAAUGUGGGAAUGUGCAAUAAAGAAAUGCCAGGAACUGGCUGGGCAAUACGAGGAAAAAACCUUUGAUUACGAACGCCUCAGCAAGCUGCACCAUCAGAUGGCCGUUUUCUACGAUGAUAUUAUGAAAAAGGCUAGAGCGGAGCCCGAAUAUUUUCGCGUCGGUUAUUUCGGAAAGGGAUUUCCAAAAUUUCUCAGCAACAAAGUAUUUAUCUAUCGAGGGAAGGAGUACGAACGAUUGGCCGAUUUCAAUGCUAGGAUACUCAAUGAGUUUCCUAAAGCUGAGUUGUUGAAUAAACUUACGCAACCGGGAGAGGAAAUCGUCGGAUCUUCUAAACAAUACAUUCAAAUUAACAAAGUCGAUCCAGUGAUGGACGAGAAAAAACAGCGGUUUUCGGGAAAACCAAUAUCGGACCAAAUCGUAAAAUUCUACAGAGUAAACAACAUUCAAAAGUUCACGUUUUCGAGACCGUUUACCAGAAGGGAUCCGUUAAUCGAAAGCACGAACGAUUUCGCACAUCUGUGGCUCGAAAGGACAGAUUUGACGACGACUUAUCCCCUUCCUGGUAUCCUGAGGUGGUUUCCCGUAGAACACACUCAAGUCCAAGAGAUCUCGCCUCUGAGAAAUGCCAUCGAAACCAUGGAAAAGACGAAUAAAACGCUUAUGAAUUAUGUGAUUCUUUACAAUAAAGAUAAAAAUCUGCAGAUCAAUCCGUUGAGUUUGACGUUGAAUGGUAUAUUAGACCCCGCCGUCAUGGGCGGAAUAAAAAACUACGAAGAAGUGUUCUUCACUGCGGAUUACUCGUUGCACCAUCCCGAAGAUAAAAUCCUCGUAGAAAAAUUGAAAGAUUUGAUAGCAGACCAGAUUCCCCUUUUGGAUCUGUGUAUCCAAAUCCACAAACAAAAGGUACCUGAUAAUCUGCAACCGUUGCAGAAACGCCUAGAAGAAUGUUUCGCCUUGAUGAAGGAAGAUGUUGAGGAGAAAUACGGAAAAAAAAACUGUGAUAUAAAGUUAGAAAAUGAAGUACAAAUGCGGCGCCAUUAUAGUUUAACUAAUGACAGCAGGCUCUCUGAUAUUACAAUAACACCUGAUAACGUCGGCAGUCGCAGUCGGGUUUCCAGUUUAACGAGAAGCCAAGUGGCGUCGUUGAGAAAUUUUACUGCAAACUUUAAUUUUGCUGCAGCAUCGCCUAUGGUUAAUAGUAAAUCUGGCCAUCAUAAUCACAGCAAGAGCCACAGUUACUCGCCUUCGAAAAGCCAAAGCGGCACUCCCAGUCUGGGUUCCAAGAAGUCGCACAAAACUCCGAAAGAAAAACGAAGGUCGAGCAAAACCGACCUUAUCAGUCAACCGGUCGAAAAAUGCGCCACGCAGUGGUACACUAAUGACAGCGAAUUGAAUACAAAUACAACGAAUAACAAUAAAAGCAACAAUACCGUAUUCGAGCUGACCCAAGAGUUACACCCUAAAAGACCCCUUCGUUCGGAAGUGGAAAAAGAAAAAAGGUUAAGUCGUCCGACAAGUGGUCAAUAUUCCAGACCUAACAGUCUUUCUAUUACUAUUAGAGGAGCUGGAAGUUCUGGAACUAGUAGUAACAGGGAUUCGAUAGGUACCACGGACUCCAGUAUAAGUGAAGAAGAUACAAAUCCUCCCCCUUUACCGGUGAAACAUAGAGACAGUGAAAAUUGCAAUAAUAAUGCGCCAUAUAACGAAAACUACAGUUUUCUAUAUUCCCACAGGAAUUCGUCUUUAAGAAACACCCUAACAAUGGCAUACACAACGGAAGAAUCUUUAGAAAUAGAACUAGAGAACAUUCCCCCUACCCCGCCACCCAAACCGCCCAAAAAUAAAAACCCUCCUCAUAGUUUACCCCCUUAGUACGUAGUAGCCCUCUAUUCGAACGCACAAGCAAGACUAAACCUUGCACAAAUAGCUAGUUAUAUUUUUCAUAUAUAUUAGCGAAUCUUAAGAUAAAAAAAGUGCUUUUGAAGUUUUUAGCGUAGUUACCGUAAGUGCCAUUUAAAUCUAACAAAACGUUAAAGUACUCAUUGCCAAAAUGGUAUUUUUUUUUUCUAAAGUAGUAUUUAUAUUUUAAAUAAGCCAAAGAUUGUAUAUUUAUUAUUAUCGAAAAAAGGAACAUAUUAAAUAGUUUAUAUUUA